UAUUGUACCCGCCGCUUUGCCUGCCGCCUGGUUGGGGAUUCUCUCUUUCGCAGAUUUUUGAGGCCAGGGGAAGUCACGGAGACAAUGCGGCGACAAAGUUCUUCUCGCCCUCCUCUUAGAUUCUCAACUGGGUUGUUGUUUCGCUGCUCUCAGUAUGUUUUUGCUAAAACGAAGAUGCCGGAGUCUAUUAGCCAGAAUAUUGUUCUUGAAGUAGAUUAAAUCCAAUCUGCUGAAGAUAUUUCCUAAUUUCUAUUGGAACUGGAACUGAUAUGAAAUCAAUGAUUAUUUAAACUAGGAAAUGCUUAAGAGGUAGCUUCAAAUGGUGAUUAUGGCAUUGGCCAACUCAGUGAUUACUCUUAUUUGAUAUAAAUUCGUUAGAAGACACUGAAAGUGUUGAAAAGAUUUGUCCAUAGGAAGAGUUAAUCAGACAGAAGCAGGUUCUAUCUCUUAGAACUCUAUAAUUAUCUUAAACUUGUUUAAAAUGGUGAUGAAGUUGAAAGGUAAUGGCCAUGGGAGCUUCUUAAAUGGUUCAAGAGAUAAUUAUUUUCCAGCAGACAAUGUGGAUCCCGCGUAUAAAAUGUUUUUGGAGCACUUGAGAAAGGAUGGGAAAUCCUAUAUUCUAGAAAUGGAGGACGGCAAUAAUGGCUUUCCCGUAUUUGUAAAAUAUGAAAACCCGGAUGGAUUAUCUGAUGUCCUACAAUUAGAUGCUCCCAUAAGCUCAGGAUAUUGUAGCUUCGCUGCAACGGGACGAAAUAAAACUAAAAAAAGGCGAAUUUGUAGGAACUCAGAGGCACAAUUUAACGGGAUUGUUGAUAACAUGCUUGUAGUUAACAAUAACAAAGAGUUCCGGCGCUUAGGGAAUGUGUCUAUUGAUUUAUCUGCUAGAUCUUUUAUGAACCAAACAGAAAGCAAUCUGGUUGAUGAAAGUUAUCAAGAAUUUCUGAGUUACUUGAAAAUUAAAGAUGGUUUGAUGGUUUUGGAGUAUAAUUCCAUUAGAGUCAUUUAUGAGGGAGAUGAAACAUUGGUGGCAACUAAAGGAACUUGUUUUGAUGAUCGGCGGCCUUUGCCGUUACAAUCAUUUGAGAGCGCCAAACCACCGGCUUCUAUGCCAGCAAACGAAGGCACUAUUUGCUCUGACAACCAGGAAAUCGUGUUGUAUGAGAGUAAUCUUUCCCCAGAUGUAGUUAUUUGUGAAGCUGAUGAGAUGUCCAUAGUGCCUUUUCCCUCCUGCAUUUCAUCUCCAUUUGCUUUGGAGCUUGUGGUUGUUCUUAGCAAGCCAUAUGACGAGCAAGAACAUGAGGUGCUUUGGAAGCACGCGACCUUCCGUAAACCAGUGCUGAGGCACAAGGAUCUUCGUAAUCAGAGUAAAUCAUUCAGCACGAGGCAAAUGGGUUUUUCGUAUCUUGAUCAUUUUCCAGAUCUUGCAAGAAAAUUGCAGAUUUCUGAUCCUCAGCAGCAACUGAACCUUCUGCGUGGAUUAUUUUUUUGGUUGAAGAAUUUGUGCCAUGAAGGUGCUUAUCAGCCAUGGAUAUCAGCAAGCACCAAAAUAGUAGAAGUUUCAGAUCAUGAGACCAUACGUCCUCAUGUAGAUCAAACUAUGGAAACUUAAGAGGCACAUUAGUCUGUUAACAAGAUGCAUAUUAGUCUGUUAACAUGGUUUUGUGUGUGUUAUGUGAAUACCGUGUAUGCUACUUAGCUGCGAGGGAAAUUUUGUAUGUAGAGUCUGUACUGUUAAGCUUGUAAACAUGAAUUUUUAUCUAUAUGGAUCUACUGA